UCAAAAUAAGUAAUUAUUCUGGGAAAUCAGCAAUCCAGGCUAUUGGUCUGAAACAUUCCAGAAAUUAACUUGCUAAAAUCUUCCUCCUCCGUUAACUAUCCCAACUCCGCCGUCUUCCGCCGUCAACAAUCCCAACUCCGCCGGCCUCCGCCAUUAUCGGAGACUGUAUACAAAUUGUAACACAAAAAAAAGUUGUCUAGUGCAAUGGCUUCCAUUACAAUCAAAGCAAUUUUAUGUAUCCAAUUGCUAGCUUUCCUUAUCGGAGUUUUUGCUGUUAUCGGAAUCAACGCCAGUUGGGAAGAGGAGGAAGGAAUGCUACGAAAGCGAACCGGACAUCACAAAUUGUUCGAUUACUUUAAGCUAUCUCUUUUAUGGCCUGGUACGGCUUGCCGGGAUACUACUCGUUGUUGUUCUUCCAAUGCCUGUUGCCGGGCGAACUCACCAUCUGUAUUCACGAUCCAUGGACUUUGGGCUGAUUACAACGACGGAACUUGGCCUGCGUGUUGUUCUGGCUCUGAAUUUGAUAUGAAUCAGAUUUCAUCAUUGCUCGAGAUGUUGAAGAAGUACUGGCCUUCUUAUAAUUGCGGGGCCGCCUCAACUUGUCACGGUGGAAAAGGAACAUUUUGGGCUCAUGAGUGGGAGAAACACGGGACAUGUUCUUAUCCAGUUGUCCAAGAUGAGUUUGAUUACUUCGAUAGGACUUUGAAUGCUUACUUCCAAUUUAACGCCACCGGAGUUCUGUUUGAAGCCGGGUAUCUACCGUCAAAUUCUGAGAAAUAUCCACUGGCAGGGAUUAUUUCAGCCAUUCAAAAUGCCUUUCAUGCAACUCCAGAGUUGAUAUGCUCAGGCGAUGCGGUGGAGGAACUUCGAAUAUGCUUCGAUAAGGAUUUCCAGCCUCGUGAUUGUGCAAGUGGAUCUAUCAUUAAAAGCGGCAGAGUCUCUUCUGGGUCAUGUCCUCGAUAUGUUAGCUUGCCAGCAAUUGGAUCAAGUGGUAACAAACGAGUGGCUGGGAUCAGUUUCAAGCUCUGCGUUGCAGUCCACUUGCUAUUGAUUUUUUUAUUCAUCUGAAAGGGCUUUGACGGCAGCCUUUUAUUCUGUGAGUGUCUUACAAGAGUCAUGUAAAUUUGAAUCGGGCUGUAAGACCAGAUCCUCAUUGCUUUACCAAGAUAUUUAGCGCGUAGCUUGCUAUUUAUAAGCUAUACAUUCUUUCUUGUAAAGAUUAUGAGAUGAUGUUGACGUACGCUAUAUAGCAUCUCAAUAAGGAUUAUUUAAUUUGUGCUACUUAGAAGUCGAGUGUGUAAGAAGAACAGUGCAAAAUAUGAUGUAUUAGUAAUGCAAGUAUUAGUUAUGUUGGGAUUAUUCUUAUGCAAUGUUUGGUUUGGUGUGUUGAAAA